GUUCAGGUUCUAUACCAGUCUGAUCUAUUUUUGGAUAAGAACAAAGAUUAUGUUGUUCCUGAGCAUCAAGAUUUGUUAAGUGCUUCCAAAUGCUCAUUUGUGGCUGGCCUCUUCCCUCCUGUUGCUGAGGAGACAACUAAAUCAUCCAAAUCAUCAAAGUUCUCAUCCAUCGGUUCUCGUUUUAAGUUACAACUUACAUCAUUGAUGGAAACUCUGAAUUCUACGGAACCUCAUUACAUCAGAUGCGUGAAGCCUAACAAUCAAUUAAAACCUGCAAUUUUUGAGAAUGUUAACAUUUUGCAGCAACUACGUUGUGGUGGUGUUCUAGAAGCAAUUAGAAUUAGCUGUGCUGGCUACCCUACCCGUAAGACAUUCUUCGAGUUUCUGAACCGAUUUGGUCUUCUUGCUCCAGAGGUCUUGGAAGGGCAUGCCGAUGAAAAAGUUGCGUGCAAAAAGAUUCUGGAAAAUAUGGGGCUUGCUGGUGCUCAGAUUGGAAAAACAAAAGUUUUUCUCAGAGCUGGUCAGAUGGCUGAGCUGGAUGCACGCAGAGCACAGAAGCUAGCCCAUGCAGCUAAGACAAUCCAAAGGAAAAUUAGAACUCAUAUCGCUAGGAAAUACUUUCUUGCAUUGCAGCAGGCUGCAAUUUGCUUACAAUCCUCAUGCCGAGGAAGGCUUGCUUGCAAAGUGUAUGACAAUAUGAAAAGAGAAGCUGCUUCUAUCAGAAUCCAGACAAAAUUGCGUGGACACUUGGCCCGAAAGUCCUAUAAAGGACUCAAAAUCAAUGUCAUUGCUCUUCAGACAGGAAUCCGAGCAAGAGCUGCACGAAAGGAAUUCAGAUAUAAAAGACAAACCAAAGCAGCAAUUAAAAUACAAGCACAUUGGCAUGGUCACAGAGCCUCUUCAUACUACAAGAAACUCAUAAUUGCAUCAAUUGUGACACAAUGUAGAUGGAGGGGAAGGGUUGCAAAGAAAGAGCUUCGGAAACUAAAGAUGGCUUCAAGAGAAACAGGCGCACUAAAAGAAGCAAAGGAUAAGCUUGAAAAACAGGUUGAAGAACUUACAUGGCGUCUGCAGUUGGAGAAACGUCUAAGGACGGACUUGGAAGAAGCAAAGGGCCAGGAAAUAACAAAGCUGAAGAAUUCCUUGGAAGAUGCGCAAAGCAAAGUGGAACAAACGAAUGCACUGCUCAUCAAGGAACGUGAGACUGCUCAGAAAGCAAUUGAAGAAGCAACCUCUAUCGUGGAAGAGAAGCCGGUUCUUGUUGAGGAUACAGAAAAGAUUGAUGCUUUAAAUGCAGAAGUAGAAAACUUAAAGCUGUCAUUGCAAUCUGAAAAGCAACGUGCUAAUGAUUCUGAAAGCAAGCGUGCUGAAGCUCAAGAAGCAAUAGAAGAAAAGCACAAGAAGUUGGAAGAAACUGAAAGAAAAGUCCAACAACUUCAGGAAUCAAUGAGCAGGCUCGAAGAAAAGCUCACCAACUUAGAGGGUGAAAAUAAAGUACUUCGCCAGCAGGCUCUGACAAUGGCACAGAACAAUAAAUUGCUGUCUGGACGGUCAAGAUCAAGUAUUCAGAGGACUGAGAGCAGCACAAGGAGUAGUAGCGUAGAUCUGCAUAGCACUUCAUUUUCAAGGGGGGAGAAUACUGAGGUGGAGGGAAGACCACAGAAAUCACUUAAUGAUAAACAACAGGAGUAUCAGGACUUGCUCAUCCGGUGUAUUGCACAGCACCUUGGCUUCUCUAAGGGCAGACCUGUUGCUGCCUGCAUUAUCUAUAAGUGCCUGAGGCAGUGGCGGUCAUUUGAAGUAGAGAGAACCAGUAUCUUUGACAGAGUAAUACAAACCAUUGGCCAAGCUAUUGAGACUCAGGACAACAAUGAUAUGUUAGCCUAUUGGCUAUCCAAUGCAUCCACUCUGUUGCUGCUGCUGCAGUGUACAUUAAAAGCUGGUGGUGCUGCUGGCAUUACCCCACAGCACAGGCGAUCAACAUCAGCCUCUCUAUUUGGGAGAAUGACACAGAGCUUUCGUGGAACCCCUCAAGGUGUCAAUCUUUCUCUCAUUGAUGGUGAUUCGUCUGGUGGAGUGGAUACCUUGCGCCAAGUUGAGGCCAAAUAUCCUGCUUUGUUGUUUAAACAGCAGCUAACAGCAUAUGUAGAAAAGAUUUAUGGAAUGAUCCGUGAUAAUCUUAAGAAAGAGAUUUCUCCACUCCUGGGAUUGUGCAUUCAGGCACCAAGAAUAUCCAGAGCAAGUUUACUUAAAGGGUCAACAGCACGUACACUUGCAAAUGCUGCUGCUCAGGAAAUUUUGAUCGCUCACUGGCAAGGAAUUGUCAAGAGCCUUGCUAACUUUUUGAACUUAUUGAAAGCCAAUCAUGUGCCUCCAUUUCUUGUGCGCAAAGUAUUUACCCAAGUCUUUUCUUUCAUCAAUGUCCAAUUAUUUAACAGCCUUUUGCUGAGAAGAGAAUGCUGUUCAUUUAGCAACGGUGAAUAUGUUAAAACUGGCUUGGCGGAACUGGAACACUGGUGCUACAAAGCAACUGAUGAGUAUGCAGGAUUAGCUUGGGAGGAGCUCAAGCACAUAAGACAGGCAAUCGGAUUUUUGGUCAUACACCAGAAGCCAAAGAAGACAUUGGAUGAAAUAAGUCAUGAUCUAUGUCCUGUGCUUAGCAUUCAACAACUUUACAGAAUCAGCACAAUGUAUUGGGACGACAAAUAUGGGACGCAUAGCCUUUCACCAGAUGUUAUAUCCAAUAUGCGUGUAUUAAUGACUGAAGACUCUAACAAUGCAGUCAGCAAUUCUUUUUUGCUUGACGAUGAUUCGAGCAUACCGUUCUCAAUUGAUGAGCUCUCUAAAUCAAUGGAUCAGAUUGAUAUUGCAGACAUUGAGCCACCCCCACUUAUUCGGGAAAAUUCAGGCUUCAGUUUCUUAUUGCCACGUGCAGACUAAUCGAUCUCAAUCAGACUUCAGUCCUAUGAACUUGCAGCCACAUCUUUGAUUAGUGUGAGCAUGGAGGAGUAUGAAUGUGUUGAUCAGCUCAGGCUCACAAAAGGAACAGAAGCGCCAGUAAUUGCGUGCAGCCAUUGGGGUGUACUAUGAGGGCGGCGGUGAAGAACUUUACAUAUAGUUGAACAAUUUUUGAAAAAUACAUAUCUAUACUAAAUUUGUGUCCACUGCUGCAAAGUAAGAGUGGAUGCAGUGAUACCUCUAUGCUAGUAAGAGGAAUCUACCCGUAAUACAUGAACAGGUGCCCGUUGCUUUUGUACUAAUCAACUAUGUGCAAUACAGAAUAGAAGAUCUUCAAUCUUCAUGCUCAUGUAUGUUUGGAACAUUUUGAGGGGAGUUUUGAGUUGUUGAUUUUUUUCCAACUUUCAUAUCAAUUAUGGAGAGAGAUUGAAAUGUCUUGUCAUGCAUAGCGGCGCGAAUUAUUGCUUAAAAUAAAGGCUAUCUAUCAGUCUUUU